CAAACAUUUCAGAAAGGAUCUGCCAGGUUAUCUUUUCCCGUUCAUACAUUAACUAAUGACAAUGAAGGAAAUGUGCACUGAGCCCUUCUCAAGGGCAUUUGCAGCAGAACUAAUAGGCACUUUGAUAUUUGUCUUUUUUGGCCUGGGCUCCACUUUGAGCUGGCCAUCAGCACUACCAUCAAUCCUGCAGAUUGCCGUCACUUUUGGCCUGGGUAUAGGCACCGUCGUCCAGGCCGUGGGGCACGUCAGUGGUGCCCAUCUGAAUCCAGCCGUCACUGUGGCUUUCCUGAUGUCAUCUCAGAUCUCCCUCUUACGUGCUGUUUGUUAUGUCUGUGCCCAGCUGCUGGGAGCAGUGAUCGGAGCUGGCUUACUAUAUGAGUUCACACCUGCAGAAUUUCACGGCAGCUUUGGCGUUAAUAUGCCAAGCAAUAACGCAACAGAAGGACAAGCCGUCACUGUGGAAAUAAUCCUAACCUUGCAGCUUGUGCUUUGCGUCUACGCCUGUACUGAUAACAGACGCGAUGACAACGUGGGGUCCCCAUCUAUUUCUAUUGGUCUCUCAGUUGUGCUGGGUCACUUGGUUGGGAUUUACUUCACUGGCUGCUCUAUGAAUCCAGCUCGCUCAUUUGGACCAGCGUUGAUUGUAGGAAAUUUCAACGCACACUGGAUCUUCUGGAUAGGACCUUUGGUGGGUGCCAUCCUAGCGUCACUGAUCUACAACUAUGUACUGUAUCCCUACGAGCAAAGCUUUUCCGAGAAGAUGUCUAUUCUCCUGGGAAGAAUGCCACCUGUGGUGGUAGAAGAAGAAGAAGAAUGGGAAGAGAGACAAGAACAGCCUAGGAGGAAGUCAAUGGAACUUCAGACAUUGUAACCCCUGACAAUAUGUAGAAUAGAACAAAGUGCUGAAAUGUACUUGAAGAAAACAUGCAUGAAGGACAAUAAACAUAUUUCACAUGUAAUUCAGAAGUAUUGGAUAGCAGUUUAGGGAACUAGAGUUAUCACAUCUAUAGUCACCCAAGCUGCGAUCCAAUGGUUGUGCUAUUAUUCUGAGCACACAAUAUAGUUACAUAGUUUUUGUACAUAAAUAAGGACACACAUGCUUUUAUUUUCCAUCUUUAUUUGUUACAGUAUACAGGGUUUUAUGUGUGAAAUAUCUGAAUAUAGGCAGAAAAUGAAAUGCCACACAGGAAAAUGCUGAAAAACCUAUAACUAACGUCAACAUUAUAGCAGAAAUAGCAGAUGUGUUCUAACUCAUAGUAUUCAAUUCUUUCCGCCCCCUUCCACGCCUGUUCUGUUUCUGCUGACGGGCGUGCUAUCAUCAUUUCAGCCACCCUAACCUUUUACACAGCUAAACCUGAUUACUAUGGGCGCGAUAUGCGCGAUAAUGGGGAUCACUUUAGAAAGGAGAUUGGGCAUGAUAUAUCAUUUGAAUACCACACAUAGCCUUCAAUCCAAUGUUAGUUUUGUUCAGUCUAGUGAAAGUCUGACUACAAAAAGCAAACUUUUGAUUGGAUUCUAUGGGUAGAUUUGUUAAAGCUUCUUAAAUCAGAUUACAUAUGUCUAUCAUUUUCUGAGAUGCAGUGAAGAAAUAGAAUCUAGAAUCUGAUUGGUUGCUAUGGGCAACAUCCCCACUUUUAAUUUUUACAAGGUUUAGUAAAUCUACCCGUAGGCAUUAUAGCAUGUUGUACCAUCUUUUUCACAUUUAAUUUAUUAUUUCUAACUCCAUAUUUAUAUUUUGAUAUUAAUGUCCUUGUGGUGGUCAACCACUAACAAAGCCACAAAUGUUGCGAUGCAAAGGGUUGCAAAUGCAAUUUUAUUUUGCUUGAUAAAUACUGCCAGAUUUCAAUGUAGCACGCAAAUACCGGGAAGUUUGCCUCUACAUUGUUGUUUAGGGUUGAGCCAUGAUGCAUCCAUUACCAACUCUAUAUGUGCCAACAUAUUACAUAUUCUAGAAGGGUAUCCAAUCACUAG